AUGAUGUUAAAGUUAAUUCUGAUCAAUCUGCUGCUAUUGAGGUGUUCAGCAACCUUUUCUUCAAACUUUUUAUUCUUCCUGGAGGACUUAUAUGGCCGAGAGAUUGCGGAGACCUUGGCCAGAACUGAUAUUGGGCAUGAAGGAUCGUUUGGGGGCGGAUUUCAUGUACCCAAGACUAAAACUGAGUAAGUGUGGCCUAAAGCUAAGCCUAACACUAAGCCUAACGCUAAGAUUAAGCUUAAAGUUAAGCCUAGUUCAUUUUUCAGUAGUGCAAGAACUUUCUUUACAAAGCCUCUUUUAAAAACCGCAAGAACUUUCUUUACAAAAAUUAUUUUUCAAAACCGCAAGAAAUUUCUUUACAAAACUCAUUUUUAAAAACUGCAAGAACUUUCUUUACAAAAAUUAUUUUCAAAAACCGCAAGAAAUUUCUUUACAAAUCAUUUUUCAGCAAAGACCCAGUAAUUUUUAUUCAUGGCUACACUGGAUACGCAGAUGACUUCAUGGAUCAAGUUGACUUUAUGAAACUACAAGAGUACGAUGAUACUACACUGUACGGUACUACAUACGGUGAAUGGUACGGACCCAUUGACAGAAUGAAUCAGACUGGUAUGGCUUGUAAAUACGUCAAAGCAGUAAGUCACUAGUCCUACCCUACCCUACCCUACCCUACCCUACCCUACCCUACCCUACCCUACCCUACCCUACCCUACCCUUUCCUAUCCUAUCCUACCCUACUCUAUCCUACCCUACCCUACCCUUUCCUAUCUUACCCUACCCUACUCUAUCCUACCCUACCCUACCCUACCCUACCCUACCCUACCCUACCCUACCCUACCCUACCCUACCCUACCCUUUCCUAUCCUAUCCUACCCUACUCUAUCCUACCCUACCCUACCCUACUCUACCCUACCCUACCCUACCCUACCCUACCCUACCCUACCCUACCCUACCCUACCCUACCCUACCCUACCCUACCCUACCCUACCCUACCCUACUCUACCCUACCCUACCCUACCCUUUCCUACCCCUACCCUACCCUACCCUACCCUACCCUACCCUACCCUACCCUACCCUACCCUACCCUACCCUACUCUACCCUACCCUUUCCUAUCCUAUCCUACCCUACUCUAUCCUACCCUACCCUAUCCUACCGUACUCUACCGUACCCUGCCGUACCCUAUAGUACCCUAUCUUACAGUACCUAACCUUAAACUGCCGUACCUUUCCCUACUCUACUCUACCCUAUCGUACUCUACAGUACCCUACCGUACCCUACAGUACCUAACCGUAAACUGCCGUACCUUACUCAACUCUACCCUACUUUACCUUAUCUUAUCUUAUCCUACCCUAUCCUACCCUAACCUACAAGUUCUACCAUUCUAAUUCUACUACAACCUUGUUCUCUUCCAGAUCCGUCGUCUAAUCGUAGCCGUGAGUAUCUACACCAACCGUACCGUAAACCUGAUCGGUGUCUCAAUGGGCGGUGCACUAACCCGUAAAGCAAUGUUAGGGGGUAGAUGUGUGGAAACUAAUGAAGAUCUUGGCAAACCCUUAUCACACCUUAUCAAUAACUACAUUGGAGUGGUUGGUGUUAUGCACGGUGCAGCGUUCUGCGAGAACAGUACGGAAGCCGCGUGCAAUAGUGUGUUCGGUAUGAGAUGUCACAGUAAAUACCUCAAGGACAUCAACUCAAAGACCGGGUACGAGGGUCGUAGACCAUUUGUCAUCGAAAGUACUGGCGACAUACUGGUUGGGUACAAUGUGUGUGGUACUCAUCCGAGCGAGUACGUCGGAGGUCAUAUCAUCAAGUACCAUGGCUUUGAUCAUACUCCGACCUACCGUAACAGCUUCCAAGUUCAAUAUCUGAUUGUUUCUGAACAGUUGUAG